UUCAGCUCGUCCAGCGAGACCACUCCCUCGCCCAACAUACGUGUCAACUGCAGUCAUGGAGGAACAUAGUACCGAGACGACUACUCAGAGGGACUCAUCGACGUCCGAGUCGCCUUAUGCACCGCAGCCCGAGACCGAGGCAUCCCUGGUAUUGAAGGCGACAGCCAAUAGCUAUCCUUUUCUGGUACACUCGACAGACACGCUGGCCAACAAUCGCCCUCCCAAUGUCGACAACAAACCUCUGGCCCGUCAAAAGAGAAGGAGGACAAGUCCCGAUGACCAGAAAAUUCUCGAGGAAGCCUACGCGAAGAACUCAAAACCAGACAAGGCCACUCGUAUGGAUAUCGUGAGUCGCGUCGCGUUGGGGGAGAAGGAGGUACAGAUUUGGUUCCAGAACCGUCGCCAGAGUUCGCGUAGAAAGUCGAAACCACUGGAUCCUCGCGAAAUCGCCCAAUACCAAGCCUCAUACUCGUCUCCCCACGAUGCCCAUACCGCAGAUCAGCUCGAAGACACCUCAAUUAGCCAGAUUGACACGACUCAGGAUGCCGAGACCGACUCAACAUCCCAAGACAAGACAGCCCUUUCUGCCAGCCAGAAUGCGUCAACCUCGUUCAUCGAGGUCCCCAGCUCACAACCAGACCCGGCUUCACAGGACUCGGCUUCGAAAGCUGGUUAUCUGUCUAACAGACGUAACAACGCUUCCUUCACCGCACUAGAUUCGCAAGAGGAUAUUCAAAACACCCAGGACCAACCGAGCAAGCGUCUAAGGAAGUCCGACUCCAAGAUCCGCCUGUCCAUGACAGCAGAUGGUGUUGCUCGUGUCAUGGAGGGCGAUGACUUAACAUCAUCUCCUCCUCGCAAGCUUCCUCCCCCAGUAACGGCUGGUGCGUCCUUUGACGAGCCUGCCAGUCAAUCAAACGAUCUGUACCGAACCAACAGCCAGAUCAGUCUUGGCGAUACUCCGGGCAGUCAGGAAAGUUCCACUGGCCUUCGUCGCAAACCCAGUGGAAGAUCUCGCGACUCACGCGUGUGGUCCUUCUUUGCAGACCGUGGUGCUCGCAGCGAGCUCGAGGAUCGUGCCAACCAGGAAACCAGUGGUGAUGCCGCUGAAGCCAUCUCCCUACUACGUCAGCAGGAAAAGGAUCGCGCCUGCAACCCCUUGGCGCGCGUGCCGUCCCUGAAGCGUCUCAAUCCUCAGACCAUCUCCAACGAAGAUCGUGCAGUCAAGCGUCUGCGUCAAAGCCAGUCUUUCACUGCACCUCCUCCUUCCUCGGCUCCUUCUGCCGUAGCCGCAACUCCCUUCCGCCAGCCCCUGAUGCAACGCUCGUCUUCAGCGCGUAACAUGCAGUCCACAAACAGAAGACCAGCACAUCAUGACCCGCUGCUGUUGGCCAAGACCCCCAAACUCAAGCAAACGCCCACCUUUGAGAUAUCGGCCACAGACUCAGAUAAGGAGAACUGGAGCCCUGGCGACCGCCCCUCAGCAUUCAUGGACCGCCAUUUCUUGCAUCAGAUGCAGACCUCGCCGGCCGUGAUGCCCUCUACAGUCAAGCGCCCUCGUGCCCACGCAGGCUUCCACGAAACACCUGCACCCCGUAACCGUGGCAAGCAUAGCGGCAGAACACAAGUCGCACACCUGGACGACGACGAUGAUGACGAUGACGAGGAUGUCAUGCAAUUCAUGAAUGCACCUCCUAGUAGUAGUGUUAGAAAGGACAAGGCACAUCGUGCGAUUGAAAGAGACGAACGUCAGAGCUCGGAAGAGGAGGAUUUGAACUGUGUGGAGGGCUUGCUCAAGUUGAGUCAGGGUAAUUGGGGUGGUGCUGCUCGAUGAUGAUUUGCUUGCUUGCUUGCUUGUCGAAGCUGCUGUUUGUCAAGUCUGUUUCUCUUGUUGUUUUUCUUUACUGUUUUUGCGUUGCUCGCAUGGAUAUCGGCAGAGGAGAGGCAUAUGUGGGUGUUCUUGUUUCCUUCUUCUGUUGCUGGCUGUUAAGUUGCUUUCUUGAUGUUCGUGACCGGACCUCAGUCGGUCACCUGGUGUUGUUUUGGAAGGUUGGGUUACCUGAAAGGAGAGGUGCAUGUGGAGCGUUAGCUUAGCAAUGUCAUGAUGUCUUUGUUUGUUCGAUGUAGGGGUUUCACAGCAAUAACACUUUUGGGAGAACAAGAGUC